CGCCCGCUCCCGGCCCCUCCCGCCCGGCCCAGGCCCCGCCCGCCCGGCCCAGGCCCCGCCCGCCCCGCCAUGGCGGCUCCGCGCCGCGCCUGGCUCGUCUUCGGCUUCAGCACGGAGGAGGCGGCGGGGGAGCCGGGCCCGGGCCCGGGGCCGCGGCGGCUGGAGUCGGGCCCCGAGGGGAUCCGCCGCCUGUGGCCCGCCUGGAGCUACCUGGUGGUGGAGACCGGCGCGGGGCUGGAGCUGCGGAGCGCGGGGCUGCGGCGGCGGCUGCGGGGCUGGGCCGAGGCGCUGCCCUCCGAGACGCACCUGGUGCUGCGGGGCCCGGCGGGGGCGCGCGCCUGGCGGCGGGCGGCGGCGCUGCGGGGCGAGCUGCGGGGGGAGCCCGCCUGGAGCCGGGCCCUGCCGCCGGAACCCCGCCGCCCCCCGCCGCUGCCGCUGCUGCCCGGCGGCGGCUUCGCCACCCCGCGGCCGCCCUUCUUCGCCCCGCUGCCCGCGGGGGUGCGCGCCCGCCGGCUCGCCCUGGGCCACGAACACGCCCUGGCGCUGGGCGACGCCGGGCAGGUCCACGCGUGGGGCGGCGGCAGGCACGGGCAGCUCGGCCACGGGACGCUGGAGUCGGAGCUGCAGCCGCGGCUGGUGGAGGCGUUGGCGGGCGUGCCGAUGCAGGCAGUGGCGGCCGGCGGGUGGCAUUCGGCCAGCGUCAGCGAGGCCGGAGACCUCUAUGUGUGGGGCUGGAAUGAGUCGGGGCAGCUGGCUCUGCCCUCCAAGGCGCUGGCAGAAGAGCGGGCGCAGGACGGGGACGCGGGUGCAGGGGACACCACGCUGACACCCCGUCGGGAGCAGCCGGCUGCCGAGGGCACCGCAUUCAUUUCCAUCCAGGCGUUCCCGGCGUUGCUGGAUCUGCCGCAGGACCUGGAGGUCACCGAGGUCAGCUGCGGGUCCCGGCACACGGCCGUCGUCACACGAGGCGGGGAGCUCUACACCUGGGGCUGGGGUAAAUACGGGCAGCUGGGACACGGGGACAACAGCAGCUCGGACCAGCCGCGCCGCGUCGAGUACCUGGUGGCCGAGGGCUUGCAGGCGGAGGAAGUGGUGUGUGGGCCCUGGACCACCUACGUCCAUGUGCUGGAGCCAUGAGGGGCCCAAAGUCCCCCCCCCACCCCACGGUCGCUUGCGGCGAGGAAGACACGGGCGAGCUCUGCUCCUGCACGUCUGCUGGCGGGACCGGCCCUGGCCCGGCUCUGUCCCCAGGGAUGGCGCCGGGGGCCCCUCAGGCCAGGAUCAGCCGGGUUUAGCCCACGGUGAACUGAACUCAGCCCCUGGAGCUGGGCUGGUGCCUGACCCUGCCCGGGCUGCAGCUACGCAAGUGCUAAGGACAACCGAGGGAUGGGCUGAACGUAUUUAUUACAUCUGCUUUUCCAUAAGGGCUGUGGUGGUGCUUUGUGCUGCGUACAAAGGAUGUUCCUGGCCCCUCUGGAGCCCCAUCUGACCCUCCACCAGCCCCUCCAGAGCCAUUCCCGACCGUCCGCCGCUCCCCUGCCCCACCAGGUCACCCCACGCACACACCAGCAGCAGCGGCUGCAGACACGUAUAUUUAUUAUGCCCAUGAACAGUAUAGAAAGUCAUACAACAAGGGGACAGAACCUGGAGAAUAAAUAACAGCGAGUGGGGGCUGUAGUGAUAACAAGGUGCAAAUUAGACAUAAUCAGGGACAGACACAUACACACAGAGGUUUGUUAGUGAAAGUGCAAACAGGCCCCCGCGCGUGCCCAGGGCUGUCUCCCGCAGCUGAAGGAGGGGGAGGGCGGUGGGACAAGUUGCCCCCUUCACCAUGGCAGGGAAGGUGUAACGCGUGCUCGGGCUCUCCCCAGCGCAGGCUCUGCCCUCCCCGGCUCAGGGAUGGGGCAGGGGGGUGGCGGGGCCAGCAGGGCUGCAGGAGGAUGCCCGGUCAUGUUCGCUGCUCCUCCCAGGCUGCUGCUCACC